UUCCGCGACAGUCUGCGACAACAGUAGGCGCGGUGUGACGCGGAAUAAUUGUGUAACUGCAUCAUAGAAUCAUCGCGUUAUGGCGAUCGUCAAGAGUUUACUGAUGGCGGCUGUGCUAAUUGUCACAGGCCGGGCAGUCCCGCUUCGAAAUAACGAGACCUCGCUGGCAGGAGAGGAGGAUCUUCAUUUGAACUUGCUGCAGCAGGUUGUACCUGUUCAUUACGAUAUACGAUUGAUACCGCACAUCGUGGAGAAUAACUUCACCUUCAACGGCGAAACCGGCAUCGAGAUGAAGGUGCUCAAGCCGACCGACACUGUUGUGUUGCAUACCAGGCAGCUCAUAGUGGACAAGUGGAAAACGAAAUUGACUCGCAGAGUCGAGGAGUCCAGUGCAAACGAGACCGUGGCGAAUUAUGUUCCGAAGCUGCACGAUUACGACGGAAACUCGGAAAUGCUAAUCCUACGAUUCGACGACCCCGUGGAGAUCGGCGUGUACACGCUGUACUUGAAGUUCGUGGGUGUAAUCAAACCCACCGGUCGCGGAUUCUACAGGAGUUUCUACACCAAUAACGAGGGCAAUAAAGUGUGGUUGGCGGUAACGCAUUUCCAACCGGCCAAUGCGCGACAGGCGUUUCCAUGCUGGGACGAGCCAGCCAUGAAAGCAACCUUCAAAUUCUCCAUAAAGCAUUACCCCAACUAUACGGCCUUGUCGAACAUGCCGUCCGCGCGGUCGCAAGUCGACGCGACGGACGGAAAGGUGUGGACGCUCUUCGAGACAACGCCGGUGAUGCCCACCAACGUGUUGGGCUUCGUGAUCGCCGAUUACGAUUAUAUUUCAAAUUUGGACGGCACCAUGAGGAUAUGGGCGCCGAAGCACAUGCUUCAGCUCGCCGCGUACCCCUUGGAUGUCGCCGAGAAGGCGACGCGUGUACUCGAGGAAUUCACCAACAGCACCGUACCCGUGCCGAAGAUGGACCACGUAGUGGCACCUCACUACUCGAGCAGAGCCACCGAGAACUGGGGUAUGAUCGUCUAUAAGCAGGACGUGCUACUUUACAACGAGAGCAAUUUCAUGAAAACAGAACUGUACAUCCCUAUGAAGCUGAUAGACUUGAAGCUGUACAACACUAUGACGAUCACUCACGAGCUGGCGCAUCAGUGGUUCGGGAAUCUAGUCAGCCCGACUUGGUGGAAUUACCUCUGGUUGAGCGAAGGAACAUCGACUUACCUCAAAUACUACAUUACUGACAAGCUUUUCAAGGAAUGGCGACUAAUGGAUUAUUUGGUGGUCGAGAAUAUGCAGCCGACGCUUGGUAGAGAUAUCGCAAAAUGGGCUAAGCCGAUUAAUAUAAAUAUCACGUCAAACCUUUACGAAGCUUACUCCGAGAACACGUAUACAAAAUCCGCUAUCUUAUUACGAAUGAUAUCGCACUUUCUGCGGGAAGAUGUAUUCCGGGAUGGUUUGAUAAAGUAUCUUCGAGCAAACGCAUACGGCAAUGCCACGCCAGACGACUUAUGGAAAGCAUUGCAAGACGCUCUCGACGAAUCCGACGUGCCACAUGACGAUUUCAAUGUGAAGGAAGUGAUGGACGCUUGGUUCGAGCAGGCGAGCUAUCCCGUGGUGACGAUCGAACGUGAUUACGCGAAUGGCGUCAUCGAAGCGACACAGAAGGCAGCUCAAUACAAAAUGCACGAGGGAAGCAACGCGAAAUGGUGGGUCCCUUUGAACUUUGCGACGCAAACCAACCCAGACUUCUCGUCGACAUUGGCCACACACUGGCUAAGACCGCAAGACGAGGCUAUAACACUUGAGGGAGUGGACGUCGACGACUGGAUCAUUGUGAAUAAACAAUUAACGGGUUAUUACCGUGUAAAUUACGAUACGACCAACUGGAAACGGAUCGCCGCAAUUCUCAACUCCGACGACUACGCCAAGAUCCCCGUUUUGAAUCGCGCUCAGAUAAUCGACGACGCUUUUUUCAUGACGCAGACCGAUCAGCUAGACCUCGUCACCUUCUUCGAAAUUAUGAACUAUUUGUCGCGCGAGACCGACUGUGUCGUAUGGCAGACGGCAUUCAGAAUCAUUGAAAAGUUGGAUCUCUAUCUGCAGAUACCCGAAAGGGCAGCUAUCUUCAAGUCGUACAUCUUCAAUCUGACGCGCAAGAUACUUGAGAAUGUCGACUUUGAUGGUCGCCCUGACGACGACCCUUUUACUAUAAAGACCAGAUCCCUCCUCGGCGAAUAUACUUGUAAAUAUGGACAUGCAGAAUGUCAAACGAAAGCUACCGCCAAGUUACUCGCGUAUGUACAAGACCCAAUCGCAAACAAAAUUUUACACGACCAACAGUGGAUCUUCUGCUACGGCUUGAUGAAAGCUAACAGUACUGUCUGGGAUAAUUUUUUGCAAAUCCAUGAUGAUGUAACAGUACAAUAUCACCUCAAAUUUCUUGGUUGCACGGAGAAUAUGGAGAUCAUCGAAAAACACAUAAAUUAUGUUACGACUAUGGGAGAUGAAAUAUAUAAAGAGAUGUAUUAUUAUCAAAUCUUCAACAACGUAUUCAAAAAUCCGUUCAAUACAGACGAAACAAUAGAUUUUUUUCUCAAUAAAUCGGACCAAUUCCCUGUCUUUAUGAGAGAAAUUCCUGUUUUUAGCCUGGUGAUUCAGAAAAGUGUCAACGAGGAUCAAAUUGAAAAGAUAAAAACAUUCGCCCAUCAACAUAAAAUCGAUGUAAGCGAUUUAUUAAUUUACAAGAAACAACAUUUAGCGAGAGUCAGAGAUAAUUUAGCAAAAAUUCACAGCGCCUUCGAGAAUAAUGAAUUCUCCGUUGCGAUGCAUAAUAUACUAGACAAUAAGAUAUCGUGAUACAUAUUUAGCAAGCACUUAAUACGAAUAUACAAAUGUGAAUAUACAA